AUGACCACAGACUACAACCGGGCAUAUACGAAAACAUUGGCGUUCGUUGGAGGCUUCACGCCGUUCCGGAUUUGUGCGUCGCUUCGGGGCCUAGCCGGACGGAGCAGCAGGGGGCCGGUUUGUUCAAAAACAUCUGCGCUGCCUGUGACGUCGGUACUUGCGCGCAGUGCAACUUCCUGGGCUCCGCGGAGAUGGGGUUUCCCGCGGCGACCCGAGUACCAGUGGCGUGGCGUCCAGGCACGCACGGGUAAGCUGGCCGUCGCGGCUGUACGCAUGGCGGCUGCAGCCGAGGAUGCCGCUUCAGGUGGUGUGCCAAAACCAGUGAGCGAGCUGGGUAUCGCCCGGCGGUUGAAAAUCGGGUCUUAUUUUCUCCUAUGGUACCUGUUCAACAUCGUUUACAAUAUCAGCAACAAGACUGUACUGAACGCGAUGGGCGGCGGUGGCUGGAUUGUCGCCUGGUUGCAACUCGCGCUAGGUAUUCCGUACAUCUUGCUGGUGUGGACGCUGGGAAUACGCAAAGCACCUACUAUUUCUCUGAACGAUGUGCAGAAGCUAUUGCCGGUGGCGGCGGCGCAUACGCUGGGUCACCUGUGCACGGUGCUGUCGUUUGGUGCCGUCGCGAUAAGUUUCACGCAUGUGGUCAAAGCGCUUGAACCUUUCGUGAAUGUGGUGGGUUCCGCCAUCUUUCUGCGGAGCGUAUUCCCGCUGCCGGUCUAUGCGUCACUGAUCCCUGUCGUUGCUGGCGUCAUUAUGGCGUCCGUCUCAGAGGCCACCUUUAACUGGAUGGGAUUCCUGACUGCAAUGGGCUCGAAUUUUGCGUUCACAGCGCGGAAUAUUUUCAGCAAGAUCAACAUGACGACACCAAAGGGGCAGAAUAUGACGCCCAUGAACCUGUACGCUGUUCUAACAAUCUUAUCGACUUUUCUUCUGCUGCCAUUCGCUCUCAUCGCUGAAUGGCGGGUGUUUCCCGCGGCCUGGCGAGCGGCCGUCGCCGCAAUGACCUUACCGAAGCUUCUGGUAUGGGUAGGCGUUAGCGGCCUCUUUUUCUACCUGUACAAUGAAAUCGCUUUCAUGGCUUUGGAUUCGGUCCACCCAAUUACUCAUGCUGUUGGGAAUACGGUGAAACGAGUGGUCAUCAUCAUUGCUAGCGUGAUCGUUUUCAAGAAUCCCAUUGACUGGCGCGGAUGGCUCGGCAGUGCGAUUGCAAUCGGGGGUGUCCUGCUCUAUUCUCUCGUGAAAAAUUACUACGAGACGCGGGGUUCAAAACAGCAGAGGUGA